GCUCACGACAAACAGAAACACAGAUCAUAGAACGUAGAUUCUCCAUCCACUUAUCGAGAAAUAAAAUGAGCAAUGCGCAUUUCGGUCGUGUAGUGCCUGUUAGCCUACGAAAGUUUAGCCGAAUCGAAUGCUCCGUAUUUAGCGAAAACCGCAGAGCAAGUGGAGUUUUGGUCCCAUUGCAGAGGAUAGCGGAGAAUCUGCGAAGUCGGCUUCCCUUUCGCGGCGCGGCUGAGGGUGAUCCGUCUAGUACCGCAGAUGAUAUUGCGUCUUCUUCUACAUUCUCAUCUACACCAGUAUCGUCCGCAUCCGCAGCAUCGCUAUCAUCAUCUGGAUCAACAACAUCCUCUUCGUCUUCUUCGUCGCUAUUUUCGGCAACAACUACCUCUAGUACCAAAAAAUACGAGUUACCACGUGACUUGCCAGCGGGCGUUCAUUUAGUCGUUUUUCUUACGCGUCUGAAGCAUGUUUACCACCUAGACACAUGGAUCAGUCUGAGGCAUGGCUUAGACAUCUUGGUGAAAAGAAGGGGAGAAGAGUUGAGAAGAAAGCUAGGUGGUGGUGGUGGUGGUGGGGCGCGAGGUGAUCGAGGGCCUGAAACUGACGAAGAGCAUGCCGCGUCACCCUCAGUUAGCGAGCAAGAUGAUAGCAUCGCGAGCAGCUCAACAAAGAAUUAUACGAACGAGAAAGAACCAGCGUCGUCCCCAGAAACUAUGACCACAUCAUCCUCAAAUACAAAACCUAGUACCAACCUUCCGGUCAAUACUCUAAGUUCUUCAACGUCUUCAAGCCAGAAUAGCAAUAGGAUAGCAAUAGGAUCUCCUGUCAUCGCCAAUCCUUAUCCGACAGAUCUCAGCGCAGAAGGAAAGAACGAGAUGGGUAUGUACAUAAUUUGCAUGCUACCGAUUUUUCCACCUUUGCGUUUGCUGUGGAGGUUUUGCAUCCAUCGUUGGCGGAAGAAGAUGGAAAACUUUUUUCGGGAUAAUACUGGUGUCAUAGUAUGGAUGAUGUUUUUUCUCCCAUUCCCAUCUUUAACGGGUCGUCCUGGCACUCAGUUCAAGGGGAUGAACGAAAGAGUGCCCCGAUGGUCUGCCUCUAGAGGGGAGAAAAAACGCCAUUUAUACAGAGAGGACGAUAUGGAUAAUUCGUGGUAUAGACAGCUACAGAUGAAGAGAGCCGGUGCUGAUGCUGAAACCAUCCAACAGAACGUGGUUAAAUCCACUUUUCUCACUUCUUUAACGUGGAAAUCAGCCUACUUUCAACGCAUGCACUUACACGAAGACGGCAGAGCUUGGGGAUUCUUGGUCAAGAACGAUGGAGAAAUUCUAUGGGCAUCGGAUGAGACGUUUGAGGAUGAAGCAAAGUUUGGUGCGCAAGGACGAAGGGCACAAGAGGCGAUGAUCCGCAGAGCAGUGGAUGAGGAAUUCACCUUCCGCGAGACGCGAUGGAGCAGACUGCUGGAGGCAGGGUCGCGAGCAGGGGAGACGAAACUACUUGGAAAUGGAAAUAAGACAGACUGAUUCUGAUGAGACCGGUUCUUUUAUAGGCAGAUUUCCAGGAUGAAUAUGAUUGCGCGCCAGUGGUCCUAUCUUUGCUGCAUCACACUAUUAGAAAAGAAACUUCUUGCUCG